AUGGAAAACCUUCUGGUUAUUAUUCUGGUUAUUGUCACCGAAGCUCUUCAUUGCCCUAUGUAUUUCUUCCUCAGCCAACUGUCCUUAUCUGAAAUCUUAUUCACCACAAACAUUGUUCCCAACCUGCUCCGACUUGUUUUGUUUGGGGGAGGAAACGUGUCGGUACUGGGAUGCAAGAUUCAGUUUUUCGUCUUAUGUGUCCCCACCGUUACCCAGUGUAUCCUUCUGGCCGCCAUGUCCUUUGAUCGCCAUGCCGCCAUUAGUAACCCCCUGCAUUAUACCUCUAUUGUCACCUUCAAAGUGCAACUACAUGUUGUCAUCUUCUGUUGGCUCUCUGGUUUCAUGGUGCCUCUCGUUGUUUUUGUAUUUUUUAAUCAACUGCAGUUCUGUCGUUCGAACAUCAUUGACCACUUCUAUUGUGAUAUUUCCCCUGUCAUGGAACUUUCCUGCUCAGAUACUUCCACCUUGGAACUGGUCACCUCCCUGGCUUCUACACUUGCAAUACUUUCCCCUUGUUUCUUCAUUAUUGGCACUUACAUCUCCAUUAUUGUCACCAUCCUCAGGAUCCCCUCAAGCUGUGGGAGACAAAAAGCCUUCUCCACCUGCAGCUCCCACCUGGCUGUGGUGUGUAUGUAUUAUGGGACCCUAAUAUCCAUGUAUAUUUACCUACCUGGAAAUCAUUCAGUGAACGCCAAUAAGUAUCUCUCUUUAUUGUACACAUUUGUGACCCCAUUGUUCAACCCCAUCAUUUACUGCCUAAGAAAUCAAAAUAUUAGACAGGUCAUACGGAAAUAUUUCAUAUUUGUGGGGAUGGGGGGGGGGCUUUAA